CGGGUGUCCGGGCAAUGCCUGCGGAGAGAGGCCACGGAGGGUUUCCUGAGGGCUGGCCCCGGACCUCAAAAUUCAUUCUGUCUGCCUGUGCCGCGUCGGUCGCCGAGCUAGUGACAUUCCCACUGGAUCUUACCAAAACCCGCCUACAGAUUCAGGGGGAGGCAGCAUUAAAGCGGCAUGGAGAGGUCGGAUCAGCGGUACCGUACAGGGGGAUGGUGCGAACGGCGACGGGCAUCGUUCAGGAAGAAGGCUUGCUAAAACUUUGGCAAGGAGCCACUCCAGCCGUCUAUCGGCACAUUGUUUACUCCGGAGUGCGCAUGGUUGCCUACGAGCACAUUCGGGAUUCGGUGCUUGGAAAAGGGGAUGGUGACACCUUUCCUUUGUGGAAAUCUGUGGUUGGUGGGAUGACGGCUGGAGCAAUUGGGCAGUUUUUUGCCAGUCCAACUGAUCUGGUAAAGGUUCAGAUGCAGAUGGAAGGAAAGAGAAGACUAGAAGGGAAGCCACCUCGGGUGCGAGGAGUAUAUCAUGCUUUUGUGACAAUCGUUUCUAAAGGCGGAAUACGGGGACUGUGGGCUGGCUGGGUGCCGAAUGUUCAGAGAGCUGCUCUGGUAAAUAUGGGAGAUCUGACCACCUAUGAUAUGGUGAAACACUUUCUACUACGGAACACACCGAUCAAGGACAACAGUUUAUGUCACACCAUCUCCAGCAUAUGCUCAGGUGUAGUUGCUGCUACUUUAGGAACACCAGCUGAUGUUAUCAAAACCCGGAUAAUGAAUCAGCCCAGAGACAAGCAUGGACGGGGUCUGCUGUACAAAUCCUCUACUGACUGCCUUAUUCAAGCAAUACGUGGGGAGGGAUUCAUGUCUCUCUACAAGGGCUUUAUGCCUACAUGGAUGAGAAUGGCUCCUUGGUCUUUGGUAUUCUGGCUGACUUAUGAACAGAUCAGAAGACUUGGAGGAGUUAGUUCAUUCUAAUAUGCAAACUUGCAGAAAAGAGAAAACACUAAUACAAAAAAAUCACCCCCAAACUCCAUUACCAGUAACAGAGCAAGAGAAACUGGAAGAACUGUAAAUGAGGAAUAACUGCCUGAUUACAGAAGAGCACUGAGAAACACUAACCAUUACACAGCCAAUGUAUUUUUGCAAGUAUGUUCUUCUAUGAAAUGUCAAUAAAAAAUAUAUAUUUUUGUUUCAGGGCAAAUCAGAUUUAAUUUUAAUAAACAUAAUUUGAUAUCAA